UAACCAAGGAUAAAUUUAUUAUAUAACAAACUUUCUUGACAAUCGGUGCAUGAACUGUGUCGUUACCAGAUGAACCAAAUAAAACAUAUGUAAAUUAAUGCUAAUGAAGGUUGCAUAUCUUCCUAGAUGGCAAGGACAUUUUUGUGUCAAAAUAAGCAGCUGACUUGAUGGACAUUCACGAAACUGAAUAUCGGAUGUUCUGGGGAUAAACGGAUACGUUAUAGAAAUCAAAGAUGCACGUGGAAACCAUUUGAGCAUGGAUUCUACAAAACUGAAACAAUUUCUGCUUCUUAGAGAACUUGAACAACAAGAAAUUGCAAUAAACCAUGAAAAGUUGCGAACUCUUGAUUCGGAGCGGGCGCCAAAAAUCAUUUUUGAAUCCGGUGGACCCCAGUCAGAGAAAGUGUUAGUCCGCCGUGGUUCGUCAACAGCUUCAUCAGAUUCCGGAUUUCCGAUUUCUCCAAGUCCGCCUCCGUCCGCCAACUCAAGGGUAUCGAAAUCUGACGAACCUGUCUUUCCUCAGUCCUCAUGUGUAAAUGUUGCCGAAGAACGAUCGGACGACGAAUUUGAUGUUCCACCUCUGCCGCCAUCGCUUCCCCCGGAAGUCAUACCGCGAUCAUUUUCACCGGAUGUCCUACAUACGUUGCAUUCGAUUGACAAUAACAGUUCUUCCCCUUUGAACCAGCUGGGAAUAGACACAGCAAACAAUGACACCAGUGAACCCUACAGUCUGCUAACUGAUUCCAGCAACACCUCGACAUGUGAUAGCUCCGACGAAUCAGAUUCGUGUGGUCAUUACGUAGUGACAGAUGAAACGUCACACCAAAUGGGUGAGCACUUGCUUCCGUUUGAGAUUUCAAAACUGGAAGGAAGUGUGAAAUCCAUGAGAAGUAAAAUAAGACCGGGAACAGUGCAAAAUAUAACGACAAUGUUCACAAACAAAGCAAAGCGGAUUAAAAAGGAAAAUAAACGGAAAAAACCAAAACUGUUCGUACAGAACACGAGAAAUGAAAUACAUUACAGUGACAAUACUCUUGAAAAUGAUGUAGAAGUGCUCGAUAAACAGGAUGACUAUCAAAAUGAAGAUGUCGAUCGUGCUAGUGCUUCUGACUCGUCAAAUAGCGAAAGCGACCAUGAGUUUAAGACAGAUGACCCGAUACAGAAGAAUAACAACUCGCAUUCAGAGUCUUCACAAUCAGACACAGAACCUGUCUCAUGUUUCGCAUUUUCUGCUCAGAGUUUAGAGCCCAAUAAAAAGUCAACCAAGAAAUCAAAACUCCCGGUAGAAGACACUAGUGUGGAUAUAAAGAGUUCUGAGAGAGUUCAGAUGACUCCUGAGAGAGUUCAGACGAAUUCUGAGAGAGUUCAGACGAGUUCUGAGGAAAAUCAUUCAAAUUCUGAGAGAGUUCAGACGAGUUCUGAAAGAGUUCAGACGAGUUCUGGGAGAGUUCAGACGAAUUCUGAGAGCCCUGGUAGAUGUACUGAUUCUAAGAGCCAUACUGACAAAAGAAACGAAAAUAAACAAACAAGCUCUGAAGUCAUUCUGUCAUUCGUAUCGGAUAGCGAAGGAAAUGUAGGUGUGCAUCAAAGCGUUUGUGGGAGUGAAAAAGUUAAUGUAGAAACAUUAAAAGAUCAGGUUGAAACUCGAGCUUUAACGGCGCCGUCAAGCACAGAAUAUGUCCUUGAUAUGAACGUGUCUGCCAACAAUUACAUUUGUGAAACUGAUGAUUUUGUUCAGAAAUCUGCUCAGUGUAAUAUGAUUCAGAAAAGCGAAAAUGAAGCAAAUACACAAAAUGUUGGUAUCGAAAUUCCAGACCCUCAUACCUGCAUUGACAGCGCUCCAGACACCGACGUAACAGUGAGUGAAAUGUUGAGUGUGAAAAGCGAAACAAGUACUAAAUUGUUCCAUCAUUCAAAUAACAGUCAUUUGAAUGACCUUGAAAAUGAAUCUUAUAAAGUGAAUGAUAAUGAACCGAAUACAAAUUCGGAGAAUUCAAAAGGUGUGACUCAUGGGCAUGUAGAAUUGCAUGAAACUCGCAAAGACGGGACCAAGGAAGCGUUUCCAAGUGUUACAGCGGGUAGUGUAGAAGACGGCAUUCUGGAAUUACAACGAGCCGUGGAAAGGAACAACGCACUGCUUAAUCAAACCCUGGAGAAAAACUGGAAAUUACUUGAGUCGUUCCCAGAUUACGAACAUCAUAAUGGUAACGGGGACGAAGAUGUGAAGUCAACUGACGAAGAAUGUCUCAUUCUCACUGUGAUCUCUUGCCAGGAUGAUGUCAGUGAAAAACAGAGUGAAACCGCAGAAACGCGGGGUGUAUAUAGAAGUGUGAUCAACUUAGAAGGGGAAAAUUAUAGUCAACAACCAGAGGGGACAAUAAGUCAGGGCAAGGAAGAAAACGUGACUAGAAGUCAUGAAGAAAUUGACAAUUCUGUACAACUGGAGAUAAACAGCAAUCCUGCAACCUGUGGCGAUGCUACCGAUUUAUCGAUAGCUGAUGAUAGUCAAUGUGUACUAUCGGAUCAUGAUCGGUCCGAGUCCACGGAUAAAGAUAUGAAAAGUAAUACAAGUCUGAACGAUUUCAGUGCAUCAGGGGAUUUAAGUUUCAGUAGUAACAGCACAAAUACUGACAGACCCCAAUCACCAGAUGUUCAAGUAUUACCGCAUCACACUGACCAGGAGCGUGGUAAAUAUACUGAAAGUGCAAAAACAAUCCCCCAAACUGCAGAUCCUGAGAAAAGUUUCAUUGACAGCUCAGACUCCAAGACUAAAAUAGUAAAAGAAACAUUGCCUCACAGAAGCUGUGUUCAGAUCAUUCAUCAUGAGGUUCACCCAGGUGGUGAAACUGACAAAGCAAAGGUGAUACAACAAGAAUGUAAAACUGCAGAAAACAAACUUUAUAAAAGUAAAACACUGUCAUUUGUCAACUGUAAUCCCUCGGAAAAAGAAUGCAGCGAGGCAUAUCUGGCUCGGGGCUCUGAACACGUGACUGAAGUGACAGCUAACGUAUCUUCAUACACUACACCUUGCGACCAUGUAUCAAACAGCAAUACACAUCCGCGCGGAGAACAGCAAAAUUUAGGUGUUCCGGAAUUUUAUACUCUGCCUGGUACUUUUGAAACCGACAAAAUUGUGUCUCUAAAGGAAUUGUCCGGCAUCGCUCGGUCGAUGCCGGACAGGUACUCCGGGUACACUUCUUCCGGGUCCGAAAGUUCCAGCUAUACCGGAGGCAGGAAAGUUCGGACCAAGACAACCACAUUGCGGUCAGGAAAAGGGGAUGACAGAUCAGAGCAAAACCUGGACGUGGAAUCCAAUGUUCAUCUGAAACAUCUAGCCGAAACAAUUUCUAAGUUGAACGGAGAAAAUAGCGAUGAGCUUUUACCGGAAAUUAACCAGACGGUGACCAAAUUACCGGGGGGGAAUUUAGUGAUUACAACAUUAACUCACAAAAUUGUGGAAGAGGAAGAUGAUGAAAAGGAGGUCAGCCGUCCGCCGCAAAUCGGGGAGGAUGAUAGGCGGUGUAUUGUGCAAGACCACAAAGGGAACUAUUACAUGGUGGAAGAUAUAACUGACGAAUCUCAGGAGAGCGCAUACUACAGUACCUCCUCCGAUUCCCACAAUACAUCUGAUGGCUAUGGACACAGUGGUCAAAAUUUCCAAGGCAUCUAUAACCUACAGGCUGUUGGAAAGUCAGGAAUCGACUACAACACGGCAGAGGAAGUACUGCUGGGUUUGUACAACCCUGCCGGAUCUAUACAAAUCCAGGAAAUAGACGAACGCACCGGGGAAGGCCAUUAUCUCCGAGAGCACUAUCAUUCUGGCGGGCAGUAUGGUACAAUGUCGUCUGAUAGUUCCCAUAACAGACAAAUGACCAGUUAUGAUGAAACCGACAAGGUACACCGCCCUAUACCCCAGACCAUGGGGUCGUCAUCGGUCAAAACAGUGAAGCAUUCCUAUGAAAUGGAAAGAGAGGAAGGGGAAAGAGAGGGUUACCGGAAGUUAGAGGCCAUGCAGUCGUCACAGUCCCAUGCAGACAACAUGGGUAUGAGCGCCUCUAAUUCCUCGUACAUGAUGGAGGCCAGUGCCAUGUAUCCACCAGUGGUGCUACCACCCGUGGUUCCGCCACCACCUGUCGUACCAGUCUACCACAUGGCCGUUGUUGACGUCACACCGUCUCCUCCCCAGACAGUUGCGAUUAAAGAAGAAAAAGAAGAGAAAAUAGAAAUAAAAGCAAAGGAUGUUGAGCGUCCAAUCUACAAAUCUGUUGCUCUUGUUAAAGGACCGUAUGAGGCGCCAAAAUGGCAGAAACAACGCAAAGAAUUCAUACCAGCACAAAUCGAAGAUAAGAAAUGCGUGGUUUUAAAUAGCAGGGCGACUGAGGAUAGACGUGAAGAAACAGUGGAGGAGGUGACAACUAAGGAAUAUUACACCAUGAAAAUGUCAUCAGGGGGUGUUACUGAGGAUGGCUUUGAUAACAGAUCGUCUAUGGAGACACAUGCUCCACACACAUUCAAAACCGAAAAAGUGUUCCAGAUAAACGGUACAACACCAUCGCCUGUAAACGACAGACAUUUUACGAGUAAAUUCAAUGUAAUUAACGAAAGUCGCCCUACACACAUCCCCACCGAAUCGAGCCAGACAUUCGCCACAAAGUACCAAGUGAGAAACGAUUUUGAGCGUCACCACGAUGGUUACCAAUCUCACGCUGAUGGCUACCAAAGUCGAGCUGAUGGGUACCAAUCUCACGCUGAUGGCUACCAAAGUCGAGCUGGUGGCUACCAAUCUCACCCUGAUGGCUACCAAAGUCGAGCUGGUGGGUACCAAUCUCACCCUGAUGGGUACCCAAGGCGCACUGAUGGCUACCAAAGUCGAGCGGGUGGGUACCAAUCUCACGCAGAUGGCUACCAAUCUCACGCUGAUGGCUACCAAAGUCGAGCUGGUGAGUACCAAUCUCACGCUGAUGGCUACCAAAGUCGAACUGAUGGCUACCAAACUCACUCUGAUGGCGACAAAGACAUGCGUAUCAUCCGAGGGAACAUCCUGAUUAAGAAUACUCUUGACCAAAAUCUCGAUGAGUAUAGUGACAAUAUUAACUUAUUUGACCACGCCUUUAACAUGACCAAGGAGAAUCCUCUUUACCACAGUGAUGAGGACAUUUACAAGCGCUAUGAAAGGGAAAGAGAGCAGGAACGCGCGCACAACCAACGCAUCCAAAACAGCCUUAACAACGACAUCACUUUUGAAACUGUAGACCGUUUUACUAAAUCUAAAGAAGUCAAGAGACAGCCGCGUCCCAAGAAAAAUUUCAGUGAACUACUGUUGUCCAAGCUCGCCACCAUCGACUCCAAAGACAUACGGCAGCACAUCGACGUCAAACACCACCACGAAGACAUCUACGGCGACCUUAACCUAAUUCACGCCGACGGCAGUCGCGCCGGGCAGAGUGGAACCUCCAACUUUGAUUCAGUUGCAGAAAAUGUGGAUCUCAUGUUAAAAAAUGGCAAAGCAUUUAUCACGGUUACAGUGACAGCAGAAAGAAUAACUCCGAUAGAUAUAGAAUUUAAUGUUUGGAGGAAGAAUCAAGCCAUCGUGACCCGGGUCAUCGAAAUCGACCUGUUCGCUAACGAGCAGCGCCGGCGAUUGUACGAGACCGUGAUGGAGAGAGCUCAUACGCAGAGGACCGGGAAUGGUGGAUAUACAUACGUCAACCCGCGGGAAACCGUGCUAUCCAGUGAUGAAACCCUGGACUUGUUCACUGAGAUCAUGGAUACGGCGGACGGGGAGGGAGAUCAAGAAGACAUUACGGUACGGAAAAGCCAAAAGAAAACGAGAAUACCGGGGAAUAACCUAGAUUUUCUGUACUAGCCGCAACCUUAACAACUUAUCAUCUCCAAUUUCGUACUUUCGGUUAGGAGGUCCAUACAACAGUGAUGAAAACAAAACACUGGUGCUAAGCGCACGGACUCCACGGAGAUAAACAAUUUUGGGGUCAGCACAAAAACAUCGACAAUAUAAUUUAUUCAUACAUGGCAUGAUGAAUCCAGAAAAGCUUGUAACUGCCAAGUACCACAUUGUUAAAGUAUGACACAAUACAAAAAUCACAACAUUUUAUUGUAACUAGGGGCAACAUGUAAAUUUGUACAUACAGUGAUAUUUAUUAUAAAAAGUAUCUUAUUGACAUGCUUGUACAGUAUAUUUAUAAUGCAAGUGCUAUUAUUAUUAUUAUUCUUUUAAAAUACCUCUCUGCAAUUUAGGUAAAUGCUUAUGUUUUUAUUCUACACAAUAUCAAAUAAAUAUUAAAUAAAAAAGUACAAAUAAUUAAUUUAUGAGGAAGUGGCAUAUGAUUGAAAAUAUCUGACACUCCAUUACUUACUAAAAAUUUGUACAAUGGUUUGUUUAUGUUUUAUAAUAAAACUCAUUCAUGACAGUG